GAACUAGAACAGUCCAUGAAGUACACAUUUUUGAGGACUGACAGUGCUUUUAUGGUCCCGGUUCUAAUUCAGGAAUUAAGUGAUCUACAGCGUGACCCACCUGCUCACUGCUCCGCCGGACCUGUGGGAGACGACCUGUUCCACUGGCAAGCAACUAUUAUGGGACCUCCUGAUAGCGCAUAUCAAGGUGGAGUCUUCUUUCUCACUGUACAUUUUCCAACAGACUAUCCUUUUAAACCACCAAAGAUUGCUUUCACAACAAAAAUUUAUCAUCCAAACAUAAACAGUAAUGGAAGUAUUUGUCUUGAUAUCCUGAGGUCACAAUGGUCACCAGCUCUGACUGUAUCAAAAGUUUUAUUGUCCAUAUGUUCUCUACUUUGUGAUCCUAAUCCAGAUGACCCCUUAGUACCAGAUAUUGCACAAAUCUAUAAAUCAGACAAAGAAAAAUACAACAGACACGCAAGAGAAUGGACUCAGAAAUAUGCAAUGUAAAAUAAAAAUAAAUUUCAUAUAUACCAGAGUACUGUAAAAUCUAGGUUUUUUUCAAUAUUAACAGUAAAUUGAGCACUGUUUACUGUUUCAUUGUAUCAUGAAAUCCUUUGAUUUUUGUCCAUUUUAAAUGUAUUUCUGAAGCAAGACUAAACAAACUUCCAAAAAUACCCUUAAGACUGUGAUGAGAGUCUUUUUGUAUGCAUUGAGAAAGACAUUUAUUAUGGAUUUUAAGAUACUUGGACAUCUGCAUCUUCAGCUUACAAGAUCUACAAAACAUCUGAAAAGUAACCAAAUUAUUUUUUGCUGAAAUUAGAUGUUUUUACAUGAGAAAUACUGUAUGUGUUGUCUGUGUCGUCAGUUUUAUAAAUCUAUUCAGAUUUCAUUCUUUGUUAGCUCACUUUAUAAUUUGUAUUUUUUUACUGUAUAGACUAAAUAUAUUCUAUUUACAUGUAUGUCAACUCAUUACUUUUUUCCUGUGAACAGUAUUGAAAAAAACCGAACAGCUGAUAAUUAAAUGAAUUAACUGUCUGUCUCCCUUGUCUUAGGGUUUUCUGUGUAGAUCAAUUGCAGAUUUCUUAAACCUGAAUGAUCUUUACACUGUAAUUCUCAGUAUACUGAUUAUGGAGAAACACUUGUUUUGAUUUUGUUAUACUUGACUUAACUUUAUUGCAAUGUGAAUUAAUUGCACUGCUAAGUAGGAAGAUGUGUAACUUUUAUUUGUUGUUAUUCACAUUUGAAUUUUUUUCUGUAUAGGCAAUAUUAUAAUGACACCUUUUACAGAUCUUAAUGUAGCUUUUCCAUAUAAAUAAAAUGCUUUUUCUACUA